UUUAUUUUGUUUUUAUUUUAUCCCUCACUCCCUCAGACAGUCAGACACUUCCUCACUCAUCUCUCUGAGUCUCUCUCUCUCUCUCUCUCUCUCUCUCUCUCUCUCUCUGAGAACCGCUUGAACCCUAACGUGUGUCUCUAUACGUUUUUGAAACUCAGAUACACACACACAGUGUAUGGUUUUCAAUUCUUCAUAGGUUAUGAUGGCCGCUUCGGACACUGCAUCUCGUUCCAGUUCCGCGGCCGAUUCCUACAUUGGUUGCUUGAUUAGUUUAACGUCAAAAAGUGAGAUCAGAUACGAAGGUGUUCUCUAUAACAUCAACACCGAUGAGUCUAGUAUUGGUCUCAGAAACGUGAUCUCUUUUGGAACUGAAGGAAGGAAAAAGGAAGGUCCACAACUUCCUCCCGGUGAAAAGAUCUAUGAGUAUAUACUGUUCCGUGGGACGGACAUCAAGGAUUUACAGGUGAAAUCUUCCCCACCUGUCCAGCCUACUGCACCAACAAGUACCGAUCCAGCUAUUAUUCAGUCUCAGUAUCCUCGCUUAGUCACACCCUCUACAAGUUUACCUGCUGCAAGUGGAUCUUUGACUGAUGCUAGUCCUCCUACAACACAGCUUGGACACCCAGGGUCAAAUUUUCAAGGGCCUUUGUAUCAACCUGGGGGAAAUGUAGUGUCAUGGGGAGCUUCUUCACCUGCUCCAAAUGCAAAUGGCGGUGGGCUUGCUAUGCCAAUGUACUGGCAAGGAUAUUAUGGUGCCCCAAAUGGGCUUCCUCAGUUACAUCAGCAAUCUUUGCUUCGACCUCCACCUGGCUUAUCCAUGCCUUCAUCUAUGCAGCAACCAAUGCCUUCUUCUAUGCAGCAGCCGAUGCCUUCAUCUAUGCAGCAGCCGAUGCAUUCAUCUGUGCAGCAGCCGAUGCAUUCAUCUGUACAGCAGCCAAUGCAUUCAUCUGUGCAGCAGCCGAUGAAUUCAUCUGUUCAGCAGCCGAUGCAUUCAUCUGUGCAGCAGCCGAUGCCUUCAUCUGUGCAGCAGCCAAUGCAUUCAUCUGUGCAGCAGCCGAUGCAUUCAUCUGUGCAGCAGCCGAUGCAUUCAUCUAUGCAGCAGCCGUUGCAUUUUCCCAAUUUUAGUCCCUCUUUACCAACCGGGCCUUCAAAUUUUCCAGAAUUCCCGUCAGCUUUCCUCCCUGUGGGCACUAGUUCCCCUAAUAUAACAUCUACUUCUGCACCUCCAUUGAAUCUUUCAACAACAAUUUUACCUUCAGCACCUCCGGCUACACUAGUUCCUGAAACUUUUCAAGUGUCAGCUCCAAACAAGACACCAACUGUGUCACUUCCUGCAGUCACACUAAGUGCUAACUUUUCAUCGCUAGCUCCUUUUUCCAAUGGUGGUCCCGAUAUAAGUGCUGCAGCACCAUUGGCCAAUAAACCUAAUGCAAGUUCAGGUCCAAGUUUGUCAUACCAAACUGUACCCAAGCAGACAACUCCUUCAAUUGUUGGUUCUUCAAAUACUAUCCGCACAGAACCCCCAGUCCCUUCUCUGGUAACCCCAGCUCAAUUAUUGCAGUCUGGACAAACUGUAGUAGCUUCAUCCAAGCCUUUACAAACAGCACAUAAGGAUGUUGAAGUGGUUCAGGUAUCAUCAGCAUCGCCUCCAGAACCAUCUGUGCCUGUCACUGCUGAGUCUCAGCCACCAAUACUUCCAUUGCCAGUACGGCCAACUCAAAGGCCCGGUGGAGCUUCUACCCAAACUCCUCAUCAUGGCUAUGGUUAUAGGGGACGCGGAAGAGGAGGAAGAGGAAUUGGGGGAUUCCGCCCAUCUGAGAGAUUCACGGAGGACUUUGACUUCACAGCAAUGAAUGAGAAGUUCAAAAAGGAUGAAGUAUGGGGUCACCUAGGUAAAAGCAACAAGAAAGACGGGGAAGAAAAUGCCAGUGAUGAAGAUGGCGGUCAAGAUGAAGACGAUGGCGAUGUACCAAACUUGGAGGUUAAGCCUGUUUAUAACAAGGAUGAUUUCUUUGACUCACUCUCGUGCAACUCGCUCAAUAAUGAUCCACAAAAUGGAAGGAUUAGAUAUUCUGAACAAAUCAAGAUGGAUACUGAGACAUUUGGUGAUUUUACGAGAAACCGUGGUGGAUGGGGUGGCCGUGGUCCAUGGCGCGGUGGUGGCGGUGGACGUGGCCGAGGUGGUGGUUAUUAUGGUCGAGGUGGUGGUGGUGGUUAUGGCUAUGCCGGAAGAGGAAGAGGGGGGCGUGGCAUGUCUGGCGGUCGUUAUUAGAUGCAGGCUGCAAUGCUAAGUUGUGGUGGUAGGGAGGAGGUAAGGAACAGAAGGCAAGCCACCCACUUAAAGCAGCGUUUGUUGUUCGUUUGAGGCUAUGCUUCAAUAUUGUGAUUUCUGUUGUUCUGUUUUGUCAUACAAUAAGUUAGACAGUUUUUCUGGUCCUGUUGACACCGUAUUAUUUACCCAAAAAACCUAGUUUCGUUUGGUGGAUCGAUGUAUAUCUCUACCAUUUUCUUUAUUUAUUCAUACAUCUUGAUUUUGGACAAAUUUUAGGCAAGUUUCUUGCAGUAUAUUGUUUAUGUAUGUAAGCAAUCAGCAAGUUUUCCAUUUCCCGAGUUGAAUUGUUUUGCAUUGUAAAUGCAAGUGACAAUAUUUUUAAGACGAAGUUAUAUACUUUGAUACCUUAUCUUUA